AUGCUUUUUACUGCAAAAAGGACGGAAGCAAUUGUAGCUCUUAUAGUCGGGACAUUUGGCAUAUGGCCUUCUGUGAAUGGAAAGGAGGCGGGCAAUCAGGCCAGCUCGUUUCCUAUCCAGAAGCUCGAGAUCCAAGAGAUAAAAAAGGCUUUUACUGAAAGGAUCACAAAAGCUCAAAAAAGUAAUUCUGAUGGAGAUUUCCUAAGGUCUCAUAUUGAUCUGAAUAAGGCAAGAACUAAAUACCGGGGAUGCUGCACAUUUGUGGUUAUUGAUGUUGGGGGGACACAUUUAAAGAUAGGUGAGAUUCUAAUUGACCUUGGAUCUAAAAAAGAGAACGGCGCCUUAUGUUUUGACAGUAUUGUGGAAUGUAGUCCAUCUCUUUACAAGUAUCCGGACACUUCCAAGAUUCCGAAUGAAGAUAGAAUGACUUGGAAUGAAUGGGUUGCAGAGAAGAUCGGUGAGUUCUAUGGGCAAGAGUCUCCAGAAAGAAGCAUCGAUGCAUGCCUGACAUUCUCAUAUCCCCUUACUCAGACAUCGAUUAACAAUGCAACAAUAGAGAGAGUGACAAAGAACUUCUGCUUUAAGGUAGACGAAAACACAUUCAAAGUGAAUGUAGUUGAAGCCCUUAAUUCUUCUCUGAAAAACAGAAGCAUCAACGUCCACGUUAACUGCGUUGUAAAUGACUCCACGGCAACAUACAUGGCAGGCAUGCUUCGAGGAUAUGAUAACAUAAUUGGGAUCGUUCUGGGAACGGGGACGAAUUCUUCUUUCUGUGUCAAGAAGGAGAGCGGAGAGGAUGUGCUAUACAACUCUGAGUGGGGAUCUACAAAUGUGCCGAGAAGUGCUCUGACGGAAGCGGAUCUUGCUGUGAUUACAGACCUCGAGAUGAAGAAGGCUUCUUAUAACAUCGUUGAUAUCCUAGCAGGAGGCUGCAAGCUCAGCGAAAUAGUUUUGAAUAGGCUUAAGAACUUACACCCAGAAAUGUAUGAGGAGUAUGCAGGGAGGAAAGAAUAUCUAUGCUCCAUGAUACGCUCAGCAAUCUCGAGAUCAAGUAAGGACAUUCUUGAGGAGGAUUUUAAACUCUACAGAACAUUGGUUUCUAUGGUCGAUCACUUUAAUACUAGGGGGACGAAGAUACUAGGAUCUAUGAUAAGUGCCAUAAUCGAUUCUUGCAUGGGGAAUAUGGGGCAUGUCACCCUGAUCCUGAAUGGAACGGCAUUUUCAAACAUGAAGCUUAGAAAUGCUUUUGAAAUCGAGGUGCAAUGCAUGUACCCAUCUAUUGGAAUUAAUUUCGUGUUCCUUGGAAAUGCAUCUCUAGAGGGCUCUGCGUUCGUGUCUUUCAUCCAUUCAAACAAUGUUGAGUAA